AUCAAAGCCCAAUUGCCACCUAUUUGAAGAUGUCACAAGAGUUUCCUGAGGUUCAGGGAGGAGGGUCCCUCAUUGUUGCUUGGCAAGUAAAAAACAAGCAUGUCUUGGUAGUUGGAGGUGGACAGGUAGCCGCUGGUCGAAUCCUCCAUGCUCUUAACGCUGAUGCCAAAGUAACGGUCGUCUGUCCAGCUUCUGGCCUAAACGAUGAAGUCGCAUAUCGGGUAUCCGAAGGUCAGGUAUCUCACAUCGACCGGAACUUCGAGCCGAAGGAUCUAGAAGGGGCAGAUAUGGUUCUCUGCGCCAUUGAUGACCCGGAUGCUUCGACCCGUGUAUGGAAGCUAUGCAAAGAGAAGAAAAUCCCUGCAAACAUCGCGGAUGUUCCUCCCGAAUGCGACUUUUACUUCGGCAGUGUGCAUCGAGACGGCCCAUUACAAGUGAUGGUCAGCACGAAUGGAAACGGUCCUAAGCUUGCGAGCAUGGUGCGGAAGAAAAUAGCCGAUACUCUUCCAGACAACAUGGGAGCGGCAAUAGAGAAUGUGGGAAAGUUGCGAAAGAAGCUAAGGGAGGUAGCUCCCAAUGUGGAGGAAGGUCCAAAAAGGAUGAAAUGGAUGUCUGGAGUUUGCGAAUCAUGGAGCCUGGGUGAUCUUGUCCAAAUGAAUGAUCAGGAUAUGGACUGCCUCCUGGCCCAUUAUGCCUCUGAAAAAAUUCCCACGUUUGAGGAAGUUCGAUCUAGUUGACCGCCAUCUCUGCAUACAGUCCCAUCAGUGAGAUAUGGUUUACUUCAUGCCCCAAAUUCUGGGGCAUGUUCCUAGGAGGAACUUAAUGGAGAUACGUCUGUGCGCCUAUCAUUUUGGAGCAAGCGUUUGUGCUGUAUACCAGACUCUCAUGAUCGG